AUGUCUCCCGAACUCUUCGAGAAGCUUUAUCUCACCCCCAAGGUCCCACACGUUGGCGACUAUAAUAAGAGGUUUGCCAAUCCGACUGCACUGGGAUUCGUAGGUGGCAUUUUCUUUUUCGUCGGACCUGUGCUGCUAGUAUUUGCCAUGGUCUUCGAGUGGGUCAUGGGUAACUUCUUUCCGAUGAUGGUCAUGGGCUUAUUUGCCGUAUUCUGGCUGUCAUUUGGUUUACUUCAGUUGCCAACCCUUCAACUCGGCUCACCCUAUGCCAGCACGACUGAUCCUACUGGAUUGGCCUCACCUGAAUACAAUGCAGGUGUCGCACUCUACCUUAUCGUUUGGGGGUUUGCACUAUUCACCUUCUUCAUCUUCACACUGAAGAUCAACACCGUCUUCGCUAUGAUUUUCCUUCUUGCCGGCGGGGCAUUAUUGUUUGUCGUUGCUGCACUGGGCUGGUACAUGUGCUUCAUUAUCAUGGCUGGCGAGAUGAGAAUAACUCUUCAUCUUCCCGUUGGAGAUUUGAGCCGAUUUUGGCCGACUGCUGACGUAGAUUUGGCAACCGCAGAGCAUCGGGACUAA